GCGUAAAUUGGACGCGGUUUUUAGGAAUUCGGAGUCCUCCAAAGAAACCCAAAGCCCUCGUCCUUCCUCAAUCUUCUUCGUUACCUCCGAACUCGGCGGUUGCAGACUCGCCGUCGCCGCAGAAUCGGCCGAAUCCACCGGAGAAACGAUGUCGUACGACGACGUGGAGAUUGAAGACAUGGAGUGGAACGAGGAACUGCAGGCCUUCACGUACCCAUGCCCCUGCGGCGACUUGUUCCAGAUCACUAAGGAGGAUCUUAAGCUCGGCGAAGAGAUUGCUCGGUGCCCUAGCUGCUCUCUUUACAUCACAGUCAUCUACAACAUGGAAGAUUUUCUCGGAGACUCUAAUCAGAAGAAUAACAAAGGACUUGAGCCCUCUAAACAACAGCCUAUUGUCGUCGCUUAACAAUUCAGGUGAUUUUGGGAUCAAAGCAAAGGGAAUAUGUUGCUUUACCACACCCCUGAGGAGGAUGGUUUCAAUUGGUUACUUAUAUCAUAUACACUACCAGAUCAUUACUCCGGGGAGACCCUAGCUUCAGUGCGAGACUCUUUAUUAUCCCUGUUCUAGAAUUGCUAGAGAAUGCUUGUGCUGAAGUGCUUAAUCUGCAACUAUGUUCUAUGUUAUGUUGUCUGCCGUAUCAAUUUUCUGAAGUUACGAUUAUAUAUGGAAAGGGCCCUGUGACUACGUCCCUCUCCUUUGUACAGACUGCCCAAUCUCAAAAAAAGAAAAUAGGAUAGGUAUAGGGAAGCUCCGGCAGUUCUUUAAACAUUUUUUCUUUUGGUAAUUUGAAUUUACCUCUGUUUUCUGGGUUGUUUUGCUUAACCCUUCUUUUUAUUUACCAAAUAGUGAAAUUAUGAAAAUGCAUAAAUCAAAUGCUCAGAGAUGAUUUUUUCUGAGAGUAA